GCUGGGGCAGGCACGUGACUCGCUGUGUGGGCGCUGGGGUCCGGGAAGGUGUGAGGCCGGAGCUUAGGUCUGGGGAGGGAUGGAGCGCUGAGCGGUUAACGUCUGCCAAGCUGGCCUGCUUCAGCACCUGCCACUGCGCUCGCCGCUUCCUCGUGUGACAUCUUCCCGGCUUCACCCUUGAUUUCCAUAGACCUAUCUGGUAACAAAAAUGACUGAGUUCUGGCUCAUAUCUGCACCUGGUGAGAAAACCUGUCAGCAAACAUGGGAGAAAUUGCAUGCAGCAACUACAAAGAACAAUAAUCUUGCUGCUACUUCCAAGUUCAACAUUCCUGACUUAAAGGUUGGCACAUUGGAUGUCUUGGUUGGCUUGUCGGAUGAACUUGCUAAACUGGAUGCAUUUGUAGAAGGGGUGGUCAAGAAGGUAGCUCAAUAUAUGGCUGAUGUGUUGGAGGACAGUAAAGAUAAAGUUCAGGAGAAUCUGUUGGCCAAUGGAGUCGACUUGGUUACUUACAUUACAAGGUUCCAGUGGGAUAUGGCCAAAUACCCAAUCAAGCAGUCUCUAAAAAAUAUUUCUGAAAUAAUUGCCAAGGGAGUAACUCAGAUUGAUAAUGACCUGAAGUCUCGAGCAUCUGCAUAUAAUAAUCUGAAAGGAAAUCUUCAGAAUUUGGAGCGAAAGAAUGCGGGAAGUUUGCUAACUCGAAGUCUAGCAGAAAUUGUGAAGAAGGAUGACUUUGUUCUUGAUUCAGAAUAUCUGGUCACACUACUGGUGGUAGUUCCCAAGUUAAACCACAAUGACUGGAUUAAGCAAUAUGAAACGCUAGCUGAAAUGGUAGUCCCAAGGUCUAGCAAUGUACUCUCAGAGGACCAAGACAGUUACCUUUGUAACGUCACCUUGUUUAGAAAGGCAGUGGAUGAUUUCAGACACAAAGCCAGGGAAAACAAAUUUAUUGUUCGUGACUUCCAGUAUAAUGAAGAGGAGAUGAAAGCAGACAAAGAAGAAAUGACCAGACUUUCUACUGACAAGAAAAAGCAGUUUGGACCUCUUGUACGGUGGCUGAAAGUGAAUUUCAGUGAGGCGUUUAUUGCAUGGAUUCAUGUGAAAGCAUUAAGGGUUUUUGUCGAGUCUGUUUUAAGGUAUGGCUUACCAGUGAACUUCCAGGCAAUGCUGCUUCAGCCUAACAAGAAAACGGUGAAGAAACUGAGAGAAGUACUGCAUGAGUUGUACAAACAUCUAGACAGCAGUGCAGCAGCGAUUAUUGAUGCUCCUAUGGAUAUUCCUGGCUUAAAUCUGAGUCAACAAGAAUACUACCCCUAUGUAUACUACAAGAUUGAUUGCAACUUGCUGGAAUUCAAGUAAAAUGAGCUCCCAGACCAACCUGUCCUUGUGUUGAUGUAUGCUAACAGCAGUAGGCUGCAGUCCGACUGUACUUUAACUCUUGUGUCUUCUGCUUGCCCCUUGCCCUAGGUGAAACUUCCCAUAGUGGUCCAUAUCACAUUUUCUUUUUAAGGAAAAGAAAAUAUAUAUAUAUAUAUGUAUGUUGUUUCUUUUUAUUGAUCAGGUCUGUAAAUGUGUACUGAAAAAAAUCAGAGUUUAUUUAUAAACAUAAAGUUUAUUUAAAGAGAAGGUCUUUUCCUCAAUGAUAUCAUGGUAUGCAUUAAUUCCAUUUGUUACUAUUGUGUACACAAAAGCCUUGUUUACAAGGGAAUGGUGUAUUUACACCAUUUUGUUCACUGUAUUUAGUAGACAUAACUGUUUAAUAAUUACAAGUUGUGAUGUAAAGAAAUGUGACAAUAUUCAGGUAUGUGCUUUCUGAAUGUUCCAGUUACAAUCUAUAAGCACUGUCGACACCACAGGAGAGAAUAAACUUACCUGUGCAAAGGUG